AAGGAGAUGUCUGACCCACACAGCAGGCCUCUCCGGGUAGAGCCUCUUUCUAACAAAUACAAACUCUACGAGUCAGAGCCUACCAGCCCUAGCUGGCCCUCCAGCCCCCAGGAUACCCACCCGGCCCUGCCUCUGCUGGAAAUGCCUGAAGAAAAGGAUCUUCAAUCAUCCAGUGAAGACAGCCACAUUGUGAAAAUUGAAAAGCCCACUGAAAGAAGUAAGAGGAGAGAGAGCGGAGCAGCCCGCCAGGGCUCUGCCGGCCCGGGAGGCCUCAGCCUCUUCCAAGCAGUGGGCUACCUCACGGGAGAGAUGAAGGAGUGCAGGAGCUGGCUGAAAGAUAAGGCGCUGGCCCUCCAGUUCACAGACUGGGUGCUGAGGGGCACUGCUCAGGUGAUGUUCGUCAACAACCCCCUCAGUGGGCUCAUCAUCUUCAUAGGGCUCCUGAUCCAGAAUCCCUGGUGGACGAUUGCCGGAGGCCUGGGGGCAGUGGUCUCAACCUUAACUGCUCUUGUCUUGAGCCAGGACAGGUCCGCCAUCGCCUCAGGACUUCACGGCUACAACGGGAUGCUGGUGGGGCUGCUAAUGGCCGUUUUCUCUGAGAAGCUAGACUAUUACUGGUGGCUUCUGUUUCCUGUGACAUUCACAGCCAUGGCCUGCCCAGUUCUCUCCAGUGCCUUGAAUUCCAUCUUCAGCAAGUGGGACCUCCCAGUCUUCACACUGCCCUUCAACAUCGCAGUGACCCUAUACCUGGCGGCCAUGGGCCACUACAAUCUUUUCUUCCCCACAACACUGAUGGAGCCCGUGUCUUCAGUGCCCAACAUCACCUGGACAGAGAUUGAGAUGCCUUUGCUGCUGCAAGCCAUCCCCAUCGGGGUUGGCCAGGUGUACGGCUGCGACAAUCCCUGGACAGGAGGCGUGUUCCUGGUGGCUCUGUUCGUCUCCUCACCGCUCAUCUGCUUACAUGCAGCCAUUGGCUCAAUCGUGGGGAUGUUAGCAGCCCUGACAGUGGCCACACCCUUCAAGACCAUCUACGUGGGCCUCUGGAGCUAUAACUGCGUGCUCUCCUGCAUCGCCAUCGGGGGCAUGUUCUACGCCCUCACCUGGCAGACCCACCUGCUGGCCCUCAUCUGCGCCCUGUUCUGUGCAUACACGGGAGCAGCCCUCUCCAACAUAAUGUCAGUGGUUGGUGUGCCAGCAGGCACCUGGGCCUUCUGCUUCUCUACCCUUAUCUUCCUGCUCCUGACGACCAACAACCCUGCCAUCUACAGGCUCCCACUCAGCAAAGUCACCUACCCAGAGGCCAACCGCACCUACUACCUGACAGUGAAAAGCAGUGAAGAAGAGAAGGCGCCCAGUGGCGGCAGUGGGGAGCAGCCAGCUUUGCCGAGCCCCAAGGCCAAUGAGGGCUCGGGAGCUGUGCUCCCCAAGCCCAGGAGUGUGUUCCACAUCGAGUGGUCAUCCAUUCGCAGGAGGAGCAAAGUGUUUGGAAAAGGCGAGCACCAGGAGAGACAAAUCAAAGACGCUGCUCCCUGUCAAUACAGGAAGCCCACUGUGGAGCUGCUGGAUCUGAACACCAUGGAGGAGAGCUCUGAGAUAAAGGUGGAAACGAACGUUCCCAAGACAUCCUGGAUUCGGAGCUCCAUGGCUGCCAGUGAGAAGAGAGUCAGCAAAGCCCUCGGUUACAUCACGGGAGAGAUGAAGGAGUGCGGAGAGGGCCUCAAAGACAAAUCCCCUGUGUUCCAGUUCCUCGACUGGGUCCUCCGGGGCACGUCUCAGGUGAUGUUCGUGAACAACCCCCUGAGUGGCAUCCUCAUCAUCCUCGGUCUCUUCGUGCAGAACCCCUGGUGGGCCAUCUCAGGCUGCUUGGGCACCGUGGUGUCCACUUUGACAGCCCUCAUCCUGAGCCAGGACAAGUCCGCCAUCGCAGCAGGGCUACACGGCUACAACGGGGUGCUGGUGGGGCUGCUGAUGGCUGUGUUCUCAGACAAAGGCGACUAUUACUGGUGGCUUUUGCUCCCUGUCAUCAUUAUGUCCAUGUCGUGCCCCAUCCUCUCCAGCGCCCUGGGUACCAUCUUCAGCAAGUGGGACCUCCCGGUCUUCACGCUGCCCUUCAAUAUCAUAGUGACCCUGUACCUGGCAGCCACCGGCCACUACAACCUCUUCUUUCCCACGACGCUGCUGCAGCCCGCAUCCUCUGUGCCCAACAUCACCUGGUCAGAGGUCCAAGUGCCCUUGCUUUUGAGAGCCAUCCCCAUUGGCAUCGGCCAAGUGUAUGGCUGCGAUAACCCCUGGACUGGAGGCAUUUUCCUCAUAGCUUUGUUCAUAUCAUCACCUCUUAUUUGUUUGCACGCUGCAGUUGGAUCCACCAUGGGGAUGUUGGCAGCGCUCACUAUCGCAACGCCCUUCGACUCCAUCUACUUUGGCCUGUGUGGCUUCAAUAGCACGCUCGCGUGCAUCGCCAUAGGAGGCAUGUUCUACGUCAUCACCUGGCAGACUCACCUCCUCGCCAUCGCCUGUGCCCUGUUUGCAGCUUACCUGGGCACCGCCCUGGCCAACGUGUUAUCUGUGUUUGGAUUACCACCCUGCACCUGGCCCUUCUGCCUCUCAGCUCUCACCUUCCUGCUCCUGACAACCAACAACCCUGCCAUCUACAGGCUCCCACUCAGCAAAGUCACCUACCCAGAGGCCAACCGCAUCUACUACCUGUCCCAGGAGAAAAACAGAAGAGCAUCGACCAUAACAAAGUACCAGGCCUACGAUGUCUCCUAAAGUGCCCUUUCCAAAACAUGCCCCUGUAAAUUCAGCCUUAGCUGGAUGUCCAGGUGCCCAGGCUGAAGGCCACUCACCCACUCUUUCUGUCUGUGUAAAUAUGUGCCUAGUCAGCAUUUAGGGACCUCUGUGUUCUAAGAUGGACAACACAUCUUUGAUAUGGUUAGUUCAGGCUUUCUAUCCCUAGCUCACUCCAUAAGCACUCCCUCUGAGGGGAAUUAGCUCUCUUCUGCAAAAUAAGCCCUAUCCGUAAAGAGAACCCACCAAGCACUGGGCAUGGCCAUCCAGCUCAGGUAUGCAAUGGAGCAAUGCCCAGUCAGAAAAUGUGCACUAGCCUGGAAGGCCAUGGGAUGGUUCUGCCCCAGCUCUGCCGCUAAUGAACUCUUAACGCAUCCGGUGAGUCCUUCCCUGCUCAGAGCCUCCAUAUCUCACUGGUUUCAUGACAGGGAGGGACUCUAUUGUCCCUUCCACCUCAGAUGUGUCGAUUCUUCCCUCUCUCCCAUAAACUGGCAAAAUCAGCAUGACCAACAGGUAAUUACUUUGAGUUAAGUAAAAGAUGGCAGGGUUACCUGGAGAAGAGGCAGGAAAUUUUUAAUGUUCUAAGGAGAUUUAUUCUUGAAAAAUGAGAAGAUGUUCUCCAGACCUGAGGUUAGAAAUGUAAAUCAACUAUAAAUGCCAAUAUACCUUCCUUUACAUAACAGAAAUAUUUCUGAAAAUGUCAUAAAAUGAAAUCUGAUUUUUUUCAACAUUCAAAUCAUAUUUUAAACCAAUGUGUUUCUUUCUGUAGUAUUCAUAAACAUUCUCUCAUUAUAUGGUUAAGUUUGUAAGUUGGUAUCAGUGUUUUUUUAAAGUGGGGCUCACCUACAUUAUUCACACAUUGCCCAUUUGAGGGCUUUUCCAUGGUCAAGCAUGUGUCUGAAAAGAGUUAAGAAUGGGUAGAAAGUUAUGAGAAGAGUGUGAUUUGCUUCCAGAAAGAAUAAUAUAGAAAUGACUGUGGUGGUUUACUUUUGAGUCAAAAUGCGGGUUGUUAAUAAUGCACCUAACUUUUUAGGGUGAUAGUCUUUCAGUCUUGUACCCCAAAAUUACAAAUCCAAUCCCCCUUGAAUGGCCAGAAACUCUUGUUAUUUCAUUACUCUGGUUAUAGCAUUGAGCUCCUAAACUACAGGACCCCUUUGUGGGAAGCCAUGUAGCUCAGCCUUCCCACCCCUACCCCACUGGACUGGGUUGAACCAGGUAUAGGACCCUCCCAUCCACACACUUCCAGUUUAGCAUGAUGGGGUGAGGGCAUAAGAUGGGGGAAAGAGGCAUGGGGAUGGAGACAGACCCUCUAUAAAUAUAACCAUAGGAAAGAAUUACAUCCGAUCCAAACCUAUUAUCUACAAGAAGCUGGUGUCUACACUUCCCCUUUCUUUCCUUUGUCUGCCCUGAGAGCCCAGCCAUCUUCUGCUAGGCCAAGGGCACUCAGCUGCCUGUUUCUCUUCCAGAUCCUAUCUAGCCAAUUACAACUUCUCCAGGAAAAUGGAACACUUAUUGCGGAAACAAAUCCCCCACAUAGGAAAGGGGAACGAGUCACACUCCAGAGGCUACUUCUGAGUUUGUGAUCACACCUUGAGGCCAAGAAGGUCUCACACUAUAUUUUAAUGACCAUGGAAUUAUUAUUACUCUCUGAAGAAUAAGCAUCCGGGUAUUUCACCAGAAGGCUGUUUAUGCUCACAUCUCACUCAGCUGCCCCAGCACCUCUAAGUGAUGACAUAGAACCUAUUAAAAUACCAU